GGAAAAUUUGAAUGCGUCACACUGCAAGACUGAAUCAAAGGUAGUUCAAAACAGAAGAAGAAAACUGGCUGAAGUUCUUUGGGAGCCUGUGGUCGGCGCAAGUGAUACCUGAAAUGGUCUUCGAAGAAGCAAAAGAUGAUAGCCAUUCAGGAACAGUAAAUGGUGUCAACCAUGCAACAUCUUCAGCUGUUCCUGUAUUAGCUUUUGAAACCAAGAGAGAAGUUCUCAAUGAAGACUUUUCGGACCGAAUCGAAGUUCCAGAAAUUCAGGAUCACAAGUUCAGCUUCAGGAAACUAUGGGCCUUCAGUGGACCAGGCUUCUUGAUGAGCAUCGCCUACCUGGAUCCGGGCAACAUCGAAGCGGAUCUGAAGAACGGAAUCGAGGGCAAGUACUCUCUCCUCUGGAUCCUGCUGUGGGCCACCAUCGCCGGACUGUUCAUCCAGAGGCUCGCAGCCAGACUGGGGUCCGUGACAGGCCUGGAUCUGGCUGAGACCUGCAGGAAGAGGUUCGCGCCUUUUCCGAGGUACGUGCUGUGGAUCAUGUUGGAGAUUACCAUCAUCGGGGCUGACAUGCAGGAAGUGAUUGGGACGGCCAUUGCCUUCUACCUGCUCUCUGACAGGAGGAUUCCGUUAUACGGAGGUGUCCUGCUCACCAUCUUCGACACUUUCACGUUCCUCUUCCUCGACAGAUACGGCCUGCGCAAACUGGAAGCUUUCUUCGCGUUCUUGAUACUCAUGAUGGCUGUCACUUUCGGGUACGAAUAUGGCGUCGUGGAAGCCGACCAGGUGGAGGUCGUCAAAGGUUUAUUCGUGCCCGGAUGUGCGGCCUGCACCAGCAGGAUUCUGCUGCAGGCAGUGGGAACGGUCGGUGCGAUGAUAACACCUCACAACCUAUACCUGCAUUCUUCACUGGUGAAAUCUCGGAAAAUCGACCGCAAAUGCAAGGAGGAUGUGAAAGAUGCCAACCGCUACUACUUCAUCGAAUCCGCCAUCGCUCUCUUUAUCUCCCUCAUCAUCAACAUCUUCGUCGUCUCAGUCUUCGCGGCGGGCAUGAGUGGGAAAACGAACAGAGAAGUGAUGGAAAAGUGUCGUCAAGCAGAUAUAAACGUUACAGACAUAUUCAAAGAUAACAACGACACAGUGGAUGGUGACAUUUACAGAGGGGGUAUCUACCUCGGUUGUCAGUUCGGACCAGCGUGCAUGUACAUAUGGGCAAUCGGGCUUUUAGCAGCCGGACAGAGCUCGACGAUGUCCGGGACGUACACCGGACAAUUCGUCAUGGAGGGAUUCCUCCACAUCAAGUGGGUGCGCUGGAAGCGAGUCCUUCUGACGAGGACCAUGGCCAUCCUGCCCACCAUCUCCAUGGCGCUCUACCAGGACGUGAACCACGUGAGCGGGAUGAACGACUUCCUGAACGCCCUCAUGUCCAUGCAGCUCCCCUUCGCCCUCCUCACCACCUACCUGUUCACGUCAUCCAGGACGGUCAUGGGCGACUUCGCCAAUGGCGUGAAGAGCAAACUCUUCAUGGGCGUGGUGACGACGUUCCUGAUCGGCCUCAACCUCUAUUUUGUGAAUGAUUUCGUGGGCAGCAACUUCCCCCAGAGUGUUACCGUCUACUUCUUCUUCUGCAUCUACCUCAUCUUCUACGUCGCAGUCGUCACUUACCUCAUUUUGUGCUUGUUGGUUGUGCUGGGGGCAGAAGAACUUACAAAAAUACCAUACAUAGGCAGCUAUCUUGUCGACGACUACAAGUACAGCAACGAAGAGGAAGAAACUGCACUCAACAAGCAAAAAUGUUUCAGACAGAUAUACGACAGCACGCAACACGUGACAAGCACAUGAUGUACAACAUAUCAUA